AUGGCCAACGCGAACGUUUCCGACCACGGAAGUCCAACAAAUGAUUUGAACGAUCUCUUUGAUUACGAUGUUGGCUUGGAUGAGAUCGUCCUAGAUAAAAACACGACUAGCAAUACCAAACCCGCUACAGCAGGGGAUCCUGCGCUCGGUCUUGGUCUCGACGAAGAAGUCAAGGUCACAAAGCAACGACAACCUGUCGCAAAACUCGACGAGAGCCGUUUACUAUCACAAGCGGGAAUCCCUAAGCUACGGCAAUCUGCAAAACGUAAACUGAGAUUUAAAGGCAAAGGGCACGAGUUUUCGGAUGCCGCACGCCUUCUCAACUUCUAUCAGCUAUGGCUUGACGAUCUAUACCCACGAGCGAAAUUCGCAGAUGGCCUGACAAUGAUCGAGAAACUGGGACAUUCAAAAAGAAUUCAAGUCAUGCGAAGAGAAUGGAUUGAGGAGGAGAAACCAAGACCUUUGGACAGCUCUGAGCCUACGCGAGAGAUGCUUGAGAGUUUACAGAUACCUAAAACCGCAACUCAUUUGGGUGAUGGUGAUGCUCCAGCUACCAAAGACCAAGACGAGGCUGGUGAAGGGGACCUAUUCAUUCCAGAUGAUGAAGGCAUACGACCAUCUACCAGCUACCCUGAACCUGAAGACGAUGAUCUAGAUGAUCUACUUAGGGAACAGGACGAGGUGAUGGCUGACUGUCCCUCUGAUACAGUUGCAUCAUCUUCACGACCACCUAAUGAUUUUGAUGACUACGACGCUGAAUACGAAGCUAUGAAGGACCUUGGAAUGUAA